CAAAGACUUUUCUAAUCCCAUAUUUACAUUGUGUGUCUGAAUUUUGAUACUUCACUAAAAAAAAAAAAAAAAAAAAGGAAAAACUUUGAACCAGCAAACAGUUUCUUGACAUUCUUCUUUUUUCUUGUCCUAAAUCAAGAUUUUAGCUCUUCAGAGCAUUAUGAACUUAAGUCGAGGAAUAAAAAUGUUGGUGAAAAGAGGAAAUUAAUGACGACGAACUCACAGUUUUAAUCGACAAGAUGGUCGACGACUUGUCUUCAACGUCGUCAAGGGCAAUUCCGUCAAUUCACAGGGUCAGAGACAAUCUCCGAAGCAUCAACGAGAAGGCCUACGAUCCGAUGACCGUGGCGAUAGGACCGAUCCACCGCGACAAGCCCCACCUUAAGAGCAUGGACCACCAGAAGAAAAAGUACCUCAAGCUCUUUCUCGACUCCAUGGGAGAGACGAGCGUGGAUAUAUACGUGAGAGAGAUACGUGGCUUGGAAGAAAGAGCAAGUCGAUGUUAUGCAGAGGAGACACUAAUCGGAUUAGAAAAAGACGAUUUCGUCCUCAUGUUGCUUCUCGACGGCAUUUUCAUCCUCGAAUUCUUUCGCAGGUAUAUAUGGGUGGCAAUUGGAACGGAGUUUUCGGUUUGACGCCUAUCUUGAUCCGAAAUUUUCCAAUUUUUGGAACAUUUUUUUUUUCCUUUUGAAAUCGGAUUUCAAUGUUUCCUAGUUAUGGAUUGGAAUUGGAAUAUGUAUAUGAGAUUCCGAUUUUCGAUCUGAUUUUUAAUUCCACUUCAAAAAAAUGCACUUAGAAUAUGAACAUUUUAUGCAAUUUAUAGAUUAGGUAACAAAAAUAUGGUAUUUAUGAAAUUCGACGAUUUCCAUUUGAAAACUUU